GGCGGGCUCCUUUGCUUUCUCUCCCUCCUCUCUCCCCAACGGCCACUGCGGAGAUGAGAGAAGAGUGAAGAGGCAUGGAUAUAACAUGAGUUCCCUAACAUGUUCAGAAAGGAUAUGAAUUUUGCAAAAGCUUAUUCCUUGGUGAACUAGAUAAAAGAUGGAUGAGUCAGCCUUACUGGAUUUGUUGGAGUGUCCUGUCUGCUUAGAACGCCUUGAUGCUUCUGCAAAAGUAUUGCCUUGUCAACAUACAUUUUGUAAGCGGUGUCUGUUGGGCAUUGUGAGCUCCAGAAAUGAGCUUCGAUGUCCAGAAUGCAGGACGUUAGUAGACUGCAGUGUUGAUGAACUUCCCAGUAAUAUUUUGCUGGUUCGACUACUGGAUGGCAUCAAGCAGAGGCCCCGGAAACCUGGUGGUGUGGUGAGUUGCACAAAUUCAUUAAGGGUCCAGACUAGCACUGUUGCUAACUGCAUUCCAAAAGACCUGCAGAGUUCUCAGAGUAACCAGCAGCAGAGAGUACAAGCACGGAGUCCUCCUGUUAGGGGUGUACCUCAGUUACCUUGUGCCAAAGCAUUAUAUAACUAUGAGGGGAAAGAGCCUGGAGAUCUUAAAUUCAGCAAAGGAGACAUUAUCAUAUUACGUCGGCAAGUUGAUGAAAAUUGGUAUCAUGGAGAAGUUAAUGGUGUCCAUGGAUUUUUCCCGACCAAUUUUGUCCAGAUUAUUAAACCUUUACCUCAACCUCCACCUCAGUGCAAAGCACUUUAUGACUUUGAAGUUAAAGACAAGGAAGCAGACAAGGAUUGUUUACCCUUCUCAAAGGAUGACAUUCUGACUGUGAUUCGCCGAGUAGAUGAAAACUGGGCUGAAGGAAUGUUGGCUGACAAAAUAGGAAUAUUUCCUAUUUCAUAUGUUGAGUUUAACACAACAGCAAAGCAACUGAUAGAACUGGACAAGCCCUCAGGUUCAGCAGGAGACUCUGGGGAAGGCACAUCUGGUGCAUCCCACACCAAUCCAGUUCAAAAGCACACGGAUACCAAGAAGAACACCAAAAAACGCCACUCCUUUACCUCUCUUACCAUGUCCAACAAGGCUUCACAGGCUUCUCAGAAUCGUCAUUCAAUGGAAAUCAGUCCUCCUGUCCUCAUCAGCUCUAGCAACCCUACUGCUGCAGCCCGCAUCAGUGAACUUACAGGCCUUUCCUGCAGUGCACCUUCUCAGGUUCAUAUUAGUACUACGGGGCUAAUUGUGACCCCACCACCCAGUAGCCCAGUGACAACAGGGCCUUCAUUUACCUUUCCACCUGAAGCAACCUACCAAGCUGCUCUUGGUACACUGAAUCCCCCUCUACCACCUCCACCUCUCUUAUCUGCUACAAUAAUUGCUCCAACCUCUGCUGGUCUGCCUUCAGGAGCAGCUCAAAAAUCUGUAGCAGGAUCAACUGAGCAAAUAGCACAUUUGCGCCCACAGACAAGACCAAGUGUGUAUAUCGCUAUUUAUCCAUAUACUCCUAGAAAAGAUGAUGAACUGGAACUGAGGAAAGGAGAGAUGUUCUUGGUGUUUGAACGUUGUCAGGAUGGCUGGUUCAAAGGAACAUCCAUGCAUACAAGCAAAAUUGGUGUGUUCCCUGGCAAUUACGUGGCACCAGUUACAAGGGCAGUGACAAGUGCCUCCCAAGCAAAAGUCCCUGUAUCUACUGCUGGUCAGACAGGGAGGGUGGUGACUAUGGUCAAUACUUCCACUGCUGGAGGAACAUUGCAAAAACUUCAGGGAAAUGGUGUGACAAUGAACGCCAGUGCAGUACCAACAGCUGUGGUCUCUGCUGCACAUAUACAAACCAGUCCACAGACCAAGGUUCUUAUGCACAUGACUGGCCAAAUGACAGUCAACCAGGCUCGCAAUGCAGUUAGAACAGUUGCAAUACACAGCCAAGAAAGACCCACAGCCACCGUGACGCCCAUUCAGGCUCAAAGUUCAGCAUGCCUUAUUCCUGCUGCUGUAAUUAUUCCACACCAUUCUGUUGCCUCCCAACAGCUCCAACCUCAGCUUUCUAAUGCUGCUGCUUACAUCACUGCUGUGAAUAUCAACCGGACAAAUCUCCCAUUAGCUUGUACAACAGCAUCUCCUGGCACUUCUGCAUCUCUGGAUGGAGAUGCAAAUGGGAGAACUGUGACUGUUCACCCUGGAGCUCCAGCUUCCCCAGAGAAUACAUUAGUAGCUGGAGGAAUUACUACUGUCAGUAAAUCAGAUAGAGAUGGCAAGAAAGAAAAAAAGGGUUUGCUAAAGUUACUUUCAGGAGCGUCUACCAAGCGCAAACCUCGAGCAUCACCACCAUCAUCACCAACUCUGGAAGUUGAGCAGGCAGCUGCGGAGCUGGCCCUACAAGGUGCUGUAGGACCAGAAGUUCCAUCGACUUCUAGUCAUGGAAGAGCUGAGUCCUGCUCUGCGGACAAUGAAACAUCUACAUCAAUGCAAGAUGUUACUCAUCGGAAAGCAAGUUCUUUGGAUUCAAGUAUUCCUAUAGCUCCACCUCCACGGCAGCCCUGCUCUUCAUUAGCUCCAAUCCUGAAUGAAUGUAGGCCUGUUGUGUGUGAACGAUAUAGAGUUGUGGUAUCAUAUCCUCCUCAGAGUGAAGCUGAGCUUGAACUUAAAGAAGGAGAUGUUGUUUUUGUACACAAAAAACGUGAAGAUGGUUGGUUCAAAGGCACAUUGCAGCGAAAUGGAAAAACUGGCCUUUUCCCUGGCAGCUUUGUGGAGAGUAUCUGAGAUUUGUUUCAAAUAUUUCAAAUCGCACAGCACUAUAAAAUAGCACAAAUAUUUUACAAGAGAUAGUGCAGCCAUUGAAGACUUUUUAAAUGUCUGUAAUAUAAACAAAUUUAUAUUUAUGUUUUCCAGUAUCCCACAGCACAAUUUUGCCAUAAAAAUAUGAUGAGA